UAUGAUGGAUUGUCCGGGCGACUUUACAAUUUACAUUUACAUGACAUCUUUUCGUGUGACUACCAUGAUCGGGACCGUGUUAGGACGUAUGUGUGAGCUCCUCCGGCAUUGUCAUCUUUUACUACUUCUCACUGGUGUAUUUUUGGAUCCAUGUGUGGUGUGCUCGCUGGGACAGAUCCAACCAGUGCCCUGUGAUAAGUACCCAUCGAAAAAUGAGCCCUGCCGCCUCGCCUUGCCAGGUGGCAUUGCAGGCUUGGAAUGUUACGGAAAAUCUCACUUAGCUGGUCUGCUGACGUGUCAGUGGCGGCGUGGGGCAGCAGAGGAGAGGGAGGCCAACUUCACGCUCAUCCUCCGUCAAAAGAACGGCAAAUACUGCCAAGUGUAUCAGAUAAAAGAUGAUGAGAUGAAGGACACUUUGAGUAACAUCCAAGUGUUUCACCGUGACUUGACCGUGGAGGUUCUGGAACACGUCGGGUCCGAAUGCUCCAAAGAUGUCUUCACGGAACAUUACAGCAGACUGCUGCGCUGCGGUCCUCCUCAACACGUCACCUUCAGGCGUCAUUCGGACAGUCACGUUGACGUCAGCGCUCAGUGGAGUCAGGACGAUGCCAAGGUCGUCACAUCCUUCUACGUGCAUCACAAAGAGGUCACAGACCACCAGGAUGAUGGAAACUGGCGAGAGGUGCGUUGCCAGGGGGCCGCCGGGUGUCAGCUGGCGGGUGUGAAGGGCUCGCCGGUGCUUGAGGUUCAGGUGGCCUGCAAGAUCAGCAACAAGUGCUCUCAGUGUCCGUGGGGCCACGUCUACACGCUCCCGCCGGAGCUGACGAGGCCGCCGCUUAAUCUCCACGUGGUAGAAAACAAGAUGGCCGACAAAGGAGGACAAAGAAUGAUCUCGCUGACCUGGAUGUUCGCUGAGGAACAUGACGGCUUUAAUGUGACAUUGGCCAAGGUAUCAGGGGAGCCUCCCUUGGAGGUCCUCAGCGUAACGCGGCCACCCAUCACGUUGCUACUGUCCAACUCAGCCUUCCAUGUCUACGUCAACGCUUUCAACAAUGUCAGUGUCUCGCCGUCUGCCAGCAUCACGCUGAUGCCACCGCAUGGAGACGACAACGGCAGAGAUGACGGAAGGCUGAGUGUGCGUGUCCACAACCAGACGUCCUUCAGCGUGCUGUGGAAGGACGACUUGGUCAGGAAGUACAAAUGCUUCUGUCUGGAGUGGAGCGCCACCUAUGGACCAUACCCGCCAAACGUGUCCUAUAAAUCCUUCCAUGAGGAAGGCAACAAUUUCUGGACGGUGGUUGAUAUCUCAGAGCAAUUGCAAGCGUACACCAGCUACGACGUCUGGCUGCACGUGCGUGGCCAACAGCAAACAUGCAACCUGAAGAGAGUCAACAACAGCCAAGAAGCCACCUACGCCAAAGCGCGCUUCUACUACCUGGAAGGAUCGCCGGCUAGCGCUCCCUCCAACUUGAGCGUUGAGUCCGUCACGUCAUCCUCUCUGGAGCUGCGCUGGUCAGCUAUCUCACCAGAGGACCGGCGUGGGUUUCUGCUGGGCUACGUGAUCCACUAUGCAGAGGACUGGCAGCCAGAAAGAAGUAAGAUCAUAUAAAUAGGAAUUUAACAUUCCAAUCAUUUGCAACAUUUUGGGAAACUAGGCUGAUGUUCUUUCGCAGACAUCAGCGUGGGGCCGCUGGUCCAUCAGUACACCUUGAAGGGUCUACGUAACAGGGCGGCAUACCGGGUCCAGGUGUCGGGGUUCACGCGGGGCGGGCAGGGUGUCCGGAGUGCCGCUAGGAUGGUGGAGACGCGGCACGGAAUUUCAUCAAACCUCACGGCACUCGUCAUCAUCUCGACCCUCGUUGUAGUGACUGCCUUGUUGGGGUCCCACUUCCUCAGAAGCAGAGCUAAAGUCGCCUUUUGGCCCAACAUUCCCAACCCUGAAAAGAGCCAAUCUAUGCAGAAAUUCAACACACCCACACAGCUGCUGCUUCAGCCCAUUGACAGUCUCAAGCUGGAAGAGGAAUGCAUGGCGACGAAUCUGCUUGUGGUGGAGCUCCGAGCGCCGACUUCAUCCCACGGCCUUUCCACCGCCGUUGACGAUCAGAGCGCUGCCAACUCCCGUGAUCCUCCUCCCUUAGCGUCCUGCUUCAGCGGUUACACCAGCUUGGACGUCAUCCAGCAGCUGAUGAUGAUGGGUGGAGAAGGGACGCUCACGCGGUAGACUACAGUUUAGCGUGGAGCGCGACACUCGCCUACAUGGAAAACGCACAUUUGUCAUGAUCGUGAUCCAGGAAUAAGUCCAAUCGUCCUCCAGUCCUGCAGUGGGCGAUGCAUGAAGCACAAAAAGACGACUUGUUUAAAAUUGUAUUUUUUUUUUUUUACUAAAACGUCACAUCAAACAGAAGUACAUGAAACAAAUGUACAAUAAUACCAGUGCUCUCUUUUAAAAAAAUAGAACAAAAUUAAUUUGUUGACUUUUAACUCAAUAUUGUAUUCAGUUACCGAUGCUAGCGCUAACCAUGCAAAUAAACUUCUCCAAUAUUUUGUACAA